UACGACAAUUUAUUUUGGGUUUCGAGAACGUUUGCAGUAAUUGUUGUACUUUUUUUGAUAUUUGAUUCAUACAGUAUUUUGUUCGUUGAUUGUAAACCGACAUGGCUGAAGCUCGUGCUGCCGUGUCGAAGAUUAAAGUUGAUUACAAAGCCUCGGGGACGAGCACAGCUGAAGCAGAAGCCGAGUUUUUGAAGUAUUUUUAUAAAUCGACCAAGAAAUGCCUUCGACGCACCAGAGCUCAAAUUUCCAAUGGCCUUUGGCCAACAUCACCUAGCAAUUUGAUAGUAGUGUGGAUAGCCUUGGUGUGUAUGUUAUAUUGGGAUAACAAAUAUGUGAAUCCUAUAACAUCAAGACUCUGGUCUCUUGGCAAAUUUAUUUACCUUGAUCAGUCCUACCAUCUUCUUUUUCGGAUCUUUUGCAUCUCUUUGAUAACAGCAGUUGGAUUUUUUGUUUUUGUUUGGUAUGCCAGGCAAUAUGCACUGCGGAUACUGUUGUCGUACAGAGGAUGGAUGUAUGAAAAUCCUAGAAGUCAAAGUUAUAAGACAUUGUUAUGGGGUGGUCUCGUUCGAGUUAUUGGUGGAGCUCACCCACGGCUCUACAGUUACCAGAACAGCUUGCCGCGUAUGCCUGUGCCAGCUUUGCAAGAUACUUGUCAAGGAUUUUUGAGAUCUGUCAAACAUAUUUUGCCUGAUAAAGAAUAUAAAGAGAUGGAGGAACUGGCAAAGGAUUUUGAGAAAAAUCUUGGUCCAAAAUUACAGUUUAUUCUUCAACUGAGAUCAUGGUUCAAAGGAAAUUAUCACACAGACUGGUGGGAGAAGUAUGUUUACUUAAUGAAUAGGGAUUCAAUUGCCAUCAACAGUAACUACUAUUGUCUUGAUCAUGCCUUCUGGAAACCCACUGGUGUGCAAACGGCAAGAGCUGCUGUUUUUUCAUUUCUUCUCUUGGAGUACCGUCAUCAUGUUGAGACUGAAGAACUAGAACCAUUGAUCAUCAGGAACACAAUACCUCUCUGUAUGGGGCAAUAUGAGAGAACUUUCAAAACAACCAGAAUUCCUGGUGAAGAGAUAGAUGAUUUGGUUCACUAUGAUCACUCCUUCAAUGAGCAUCUGGUUGUGUUCUGUAACGGCAAUUUUUAUGAAGUGAAAAUUUCUGACAGUUAUGGUUCACCGAUAACAUUGUUGGAUCUUGAAAAACAAUUGGAAUGGAUCAAGCACGAUGCUCACCAUUCUGAUUUCAGUAAAGACACACCAGAAGGGUGUAUACCAGCCCUGACGAGCCUUCCUCGAACAGAAUGGUACAAUAUCCGUAGAGACCAUUUCUCAGAUGGUAUCAACAAAGAUUCUCUAGAUAUCAUUGAUAAAGCUUUGUUUAUUCUUGUUCUGGAUGAACACGAGUUCACAGAUCUUAGCAGUCGUGGUAAAUAUUUACUUCAUGGUGAUGGCAAGACAUUGUGGUUUGAUAAAAGCUUCUGUGUUGUGGCAUUUGCUGAUGGUAAAAUUGGUGUGAAUGCUGAACAUUCCUGGGGAGAUGCCCCCGUCAUUGGCCAUAUGAUUGAGUACACGGUCACUGAAGAGUUUAUAUAUCGCACUUACAACGACAAUGGAAGAUGUAAACCUUUUGGGAAGUACCAUAAAUCGAAAGGCGAAGUUGCUAAUCCGAUGAAGUUGUAUUUUGACGUCACUCAGAAUCUUGCCUCUUCUAUCAAUGAUGCAUAUACCCGUGCUUCGAAGCAAAUUGAUGACCUCCAACUUCGCGUUCUGGCCUAUGAUGGAGUCGGUAAAGGAUUUAUCAAGAAAUAUUGUAAGAUGAGCCCUGAUGGUUUCAUUCAAGCUGCGUUACAUCUGGCCUACUACAGAGACAGUGGCGGCCGUCUUCCUCUUACCUAUGAAAGUUCAAUGACAAGGUUAUAUUUACAAGGAAGAACUGAAACAGUGCGAUCUUUGACCAACGAGUCCAAGGAAUUCAUACUGGCAAUGGAAAAUGCUGAGGUUUCAGUUGAAGAGAGAGUGAGACUUCUCCGUGCCAUGGUUAAACGACAUCAGGUUUUGUACAAAGACUGUAUGAAUGGUAAAGGAAUAGAUAGACACUUGUUUUCUUUAUUUGUUGUAUCCAAAGGACAAGGACACGACUGCGAAUUCUUAAAGCGAGCGCUAACUCUUCCAUGGACACUUUCGACAAGUCAACAGCCACAACAGCAAACGUUCAGAAUUCCUGGCUGUUCUAUAUCUGAUCCAGUGUUCCGUGACUUGAUCUGUCCUGGAGGUGGGUUUGGUCCAGUAGCAGAUGAUGGUUACGGUGUUUCAUACAUGGUACCAGAUGAGAAAUAUUUCUUCUUCCACAUCUCAUCCAAGAAGUCCUCCGUGCAGACCGACUCUGAAAGAUUCAUCAACCACGUUCUUAGCAGUUUGGAUGAAAUGAAACAGAUGUUCGUUCAAUUGCAGGGGAUAGAAGAGACAAAGAAGAAAGAAAAUUGAGGUCUUGACGUGCUUUCUCUAUCCUCAUCUUCCUGAUCAAUGAGGUUGCAUCAGCAUAAAGAUUGUAAAUUAUAAAUAUUUUAUAUAAAAAAAAGUGACGGAUGUUGUAAAGUGGUUGGUCUGAUGGUUUGAUGGACUGUCUAAACAUGGAUCUGUUGGAUGGACAGUCUAAACACUCGUGUGUAGGUAGUGUGUAACCCAGGAUCAACCAAGAUCAACUAAACUAUUUAUGAAUUAAACAUACCAGCGAAGUUAAUCCUUUUAGGAGUAUAAUAUUUGAAAGAGUUUAAUCAUUUGAUAUUUCUGUAUUUAUAUUAAAACUUUGUUUUAGCUUUU